CUCUAAAAACAAUUCUUUACAAAAAAACACAUACACAAACUCUAGAUAAACUGAAAUUUCGUGAAUCCCCAUAACAAUUGAUGCUCAUACCCGUAGAAACCUUGAGAAUCUGGACGUCGAAGGAGUGAUGGCUGAAGAAUAACGUGAUUUUUGCUUUUGCUGAGGAAACCCACGUCGAAGGAGUGGUGGCUGAUGAAGAAGAAAGGAGAAGAAAUAGGAGAGGAGAAGGCGGCUGAAUAGAAGGGUUGGUGUAGGUUUUCCAUAAAUAAGAGUGUGGGAAGUUGGCGACCCAAGCGCGCCCCACCGUCGCUCCACGGAUCUCGCACGACCCCGCCGCAUCAGGCAACUCUGAAUGACUCUUUUCUGGCUGAUCUUGAUGAAUUGUCUGAUAAUGAAGAUGAUCUUCUGUUUGAUAGUACUUUUGAUUAAGGAAGCAGAUAACGACGAUGCUGAGCACAUGGAAGAAGAUGUAGAUGGUGAUUUAGCUGAUAUAGAAGCACUUAACUAUGAUGAUCUUGAUAGUGUGUCGAAGCUACAAAAAACUCAGCGAUUUACUGACAUCAUGCAGAAAGUUGAAGAUGCAUUGGAAAAUGGGUCUGAGAACUCCACUCAUGGAAUUGUUUUAGAAGAUGAUCCAGAGUAUCAGUUGAUAGUUGAUUGUAAUGCCUUGUCUGUCGAUAUUGAAAAUGAGAUUGUGAUAAUUCACAAUUUCAUCCGUGACAAGUAUCGCUUGAAAUUUCCAGAACUUGAAUCUCUUGUUCACCACCCAAUUGAUUAUGCCCGGGUUGUUAAAAAGAUUGCUAAUGAAAUGGAUCUGACGCUUGUUGAUCUUGAAGGAUUUUUACCGUCUGCUAUUAUUAUGGUGGUUUCUGUCACAGCAUCAACUACUAGUGGAAAGCCUCUUCCGGAGGAUGUCUUGCAAAAGACAAUUGAUGCUUGUGAUCGCGCACUUGCUCUAGAUUCUGCAAAGAAAAAGGUUCUUGAUUUUGUGGAGAGUCGAAUGGGGUAUAUUGCCCCAAAUCUCUCAGCCAUAGUUGGAAGUGCUGUUGCGGCAAAAAUAAUUGGUACAGCUGGUGGUCUUUCGGCAUUAGCAAAAAUGCCUGCAUGCAACGUUCAGCUUCUUGGUGCCAAAAAGAAGAAUUUAGCAGGGUUUUCAACAGCAACAUCCCAAUUUCGUGUUGGCUAUUUGGAGCAAACUGAGAUUUUCCAGAGUACUCCGCCUUCCUUAAGAAUGCGUGCUUGUCGACUUUUGGCUUCAAAAUCCACUCUUGCUGCACGUGUAGACUCUACUAGGGGAGACCCAGCUGGAAAAACUGGGAGAACUUUGCGCGCAGAGAUUCACAAAAAGAUAGAGAAGUGGCAAGAGCCGCCUCCUGCUAAGCAGCCUAAACCACUUCCGGUUCCUGAUUCAGAGCCCAGAAAGAAGAGAGGAGGUCGGCGUUUAAGGAAGAUGAAAGAAAGAUAUGCUAUUACAGACAUGCGGAAGCUGGCUAACAGGAUGCAGUUCGGGAUACCAGAGGAGAGUUCACUAGGUGAUGGACUUGGCGAAGGUUAUGGAAUGCUCGGUCAGGCUGGUAGCGGAAAGCUUCGUGUAUCUGUUGGACAGAGCAAACUUGCUGCUAAAGUAGCCAAGAAGUUUAAGGACAGGAGUUAUGGAACCAGUGGCGCAACUUCUGGACUGACAUCAAGUCUGGCUUUCACACCCGUCCAGGGAAUCGAGCUUUCAAAUCCUCAGGCGAACCAGUUUGGAGGAACUCAGAGUACUUAUUUUUCAGAGACUGGAACUUUUUCGAAGAUCAAGAGAACAUAAAAAACAGUCUGCUACUCCACCCCCGUGGGCAUUAUCGUGAGAUUCGGCCUUUAUUCUGGUGUAACUAGCUGCAUGCAACUUUUGUAACGUAUUCUGUUUGCUGAUUCUACUCGUCGCUUUAACUAAACCCGCUAUGUUUAAUUAUACGAGGAAAUUAUUUUGUGAAAUUGCUAAA